CGAACCGGACUGAAUAUGGCGAGCACCGAGAGCAAAAGCGGGUCGGACCAGCCGGGCGCGAGAUGGGGUCCACAGCAUGCAGGUGCUAGAGAGCUCGCGGAGUUAUACUCUCCAGGAAAAAGAUGUCAGGAAUGGAUCAGUGUGCUUCUUUGCUUUACCCUCAUGGCCUUCAACUUCUGUUACCUGGUAACAUACUUCCACCUAGGACACAUCUGGUACAUCCUCCUGGGCAUCGUGGCAGGGAUCCUGACAGCAGACUUUGCCUCUGGUUUGGUCCACUGGGGUGCUGACACAUGGGGUUCAGUGGAUCUGCCCAUCGUUGGGAAGGCCUUCAUUCGUCCGUUUCGAGAGCACCACAUCGAUCCGACAGCUAUAACACGCCAUGAUUUCAUUGAGACUAAUGGUGAUAACUGUAUGUUGACUAUCAUCCCUCUGGCUAACAUGGCUGCAAACUUUUUGAUGCUCUCACCAGCGGAGAUCUAUCGGAACUACCCCUGGUACUGUUACGUCUUUGCUUUAGCCAUUUUCGUUACAUUGACCAAUCAGAUUCACAAGUGGUCGCACACAUAUUUCGGGCUCCCACGCUGGGUGACGUUUCUUCAGGAUUGUCAUAUCAUUUUACCACGGAAACACCACAGAGUUCACCAUGUUUCACCUCAUGAAACCUACUUCUGCAUUACCACAGGCUGGUUGAACUAUCCUCUAGAAAAACUGGGAUUCUGGAGAAACCUGGAAGAUCUGAUCCAGAGCCUGACAGGAGAGAAACCCAGAUCAGAUGAUCUCAGAUGGGCCCAGAAAUCCAAGUAAUCUUCCUCUGCCAUCCUGCCCACCUCCCCUACCUCAGACCUGCUCAUAGGAGAACAAUCUUU